AUCAUCAUCCCUAUAUAUAAACAAACAACCUUUCAUUCAUUCUCAAAAAAAGUCCAACAUCUCUCUAAUACUUCAAAAUGGGAAAUGCAGCAAUCACUCUAUGUUUUAACCACACCACAAACUCGUCGUCGUCUUCGUCAUCGUCUUCGUCGAUAAAACUUAUUUUCUGGGAAGGAACAUCAAGAACUUUGAGAGGAAAACAUAUAGCCGGGGAAAUAAUGUUCGAAUUCCCCGAAAUGAUGGUUUGUCAUGCAGAUUCAUUCUUCAUAGGACAUCCAAUUCCAGUUCUAUCAAUAGAUGAUGAACUCAUGCUAGGUCAAACAUACUUCAUUCUACCUAUAGAUCGUUUUUUUGCUAUUGACACCCUCUCCGUUUCUUCGAUCUCAGCCUUUGGAUCUUGCCCUAAUAAAUCUCCUAUUAAAUUCGGAAAGUGUCCUUUUCAGUACUUGAAAGGAUCUAAUGGAAGAGUUGUUAUUAAGGUUAUGCCUGAGUUUAUUACUGGCCUUAUAUGUGGUGAUAAUAAUAAAGAGAUGAAUGAGAAUGGAGCAAGUUAUAGCAACGGUUUUCUUUGUAGUACUCCUGAGUUGAAAAAACAUUAUGAACAACUUGUGAAGUCUAAGGAUCAGGUUUGGUCUCCUAAGCUUGAAACUAUUACGGAAUAUAAGGUUAGGUUUUCACCAUGUAGGUUUAUAGAAUGGAAAGAGAAAGAGAAGCCAGUGGAAUUGUACUAGAAUUUUAUGAUUUAUGUAAUUUUAAAAUUUAGCAAUUGUUAAUUAUAUAUAUAUAUAGUUGGAAUGUAUACUGAGAUUAUUUUGAUAUAUGGGUUCAUAUUCAAUCAAGAUGAGUAACCAUUGGUUUUACUUCUUAAA